AUGCAAUUUGAAUCACAAAAUAUUUGCAUUGUCAAAGAAUUGCAAGCUAAAAUUUAAAAACAUCCCAGCAAGGCUGAUAGUCUAAUAAAUAAUAUAAUUAUCUCAAACAAUAACUAAUUUGUCUGCUGUAUAUUUCUUUAUGAAAAAUACAAGGAAUAUUACAAUGCUACAGUAAUAGAUUUAAAAACCAAUCAGAUUGUCUUUGAGCAUGAUGACGAUGCAGAUACAUUUUCCAUUUAAUUCACUCCUGAUUCUAAAUUUAUUUUUUUUUUGGGCGAAUAGGAUUAUAUCAUUUUUGAUAUCUAAACUAAUUAGCAAUACAAAUUAAAGUUUAUCACUUUUGAAGCCUAUAAACAACUGAAAUUAUCCUUUACAGAAGAUUCCAACUACAAAUUAAUGUAAACAAAUGGUACAUUGGAAACAUCACAUAUUCUUGGGGAUCAAAGCGAAGUAUAUUAGGUCAACUCUGAAACCUUUGAUUGGAGAUUUGUUUAGAAUAAGGACGCUUAUCUCUCAACACUGCAAAUGAUAAGAUAAUAAAAGUUAAUUUGCUUAAAAGUAUUCAGAAAGAAAAAUACUAAAUUGAAGGUUGUUAAAUAAUUCUUAUUAUCAUUUGAACCAAAAUACUUUUAAAAAAUAAAGGCCAAAAUAUGGAAUGUCAAUAAUUUGGUCGUAGUAUAACAUCAUUUUGGAGUCAGAGUUUAUAAUCUACACAAGAACAAAUUAAUCAGAAAUCUUAAAUAUUAAACUAAGGCUAAACCAAUCCGUACAUUUUAGCAUCUUGAAAAGAACAAAGGCUAUGUUAUAUUUUCUUAUGAUAUUUUUGUCGCUGAAAGCCUCUCAAUAGCAUUUAUGUAAUUCUUACCAACUGUUGAAUAUCAAAGCCCAAAUCCGUUUAAGAAAAUAUAUUUGUUUCUGGGUUAGAAUUCGGCUUUAAUAUCAUAAGACAUUGAAUCAGACACAUGGCAACAAAUAACUUUUGGAUCUGAAGAAUAGGAGUGA